GCGGAACUUGUGUCUGUACCCGCUUGUUUUCCUCCAAAGCUGUCUGAAGCAAAGUUUUACUUUACUUUUACUCUACUUUUGUUACUAUGCUAGUAGCUAGUCUGAAGAAUACGUGUUUGUGAAAUAUUUAGCCUUUGGAUUAAUUCUGUGUUUCCGGACAGUUGCUGUAGAUCUACUUUUCUGAUAUGGCUGACUACAAUUCUCAACAGCCAGCCUCCUCUAAACUGGAUUCAGUGCAGGGCCAAGUUAAUGAAGUCAAAGUUAUACUCAAAGACAACAUUAAUAAAGUUCUGGAGAGGGGAGAGAGGCUAGAUGACUUGGUCGACAAGACACACGACCUCCAAGCAACUGCAGACACCUUUCAAAAGACGUCUACGCGUGUAGCGCGGAAGUACUGGUGGAAGAAUAUCAAGAUGAUGAUCAUUAUUGGAGUGAUAGUUCUGAUCAUCGUCAUCCUUAUCAUCCUGUUUGCUACAGGUGUCAUCCCCACCUAAACAUAGGGGCAGACUCCAACAGUACCACUAAAAUGGAUAGGAUGAACCAUAAUCACCGACAGCCAUGUUUUGAUUUCGAUGAAACUUAGGUUUUGUAUUCUCUAAGGCGGAUUCAAAGUGAAUUCUGUAUAGUAAAGUGACGAAAUAACAUUUGACAUUAUGACAUCUGUAAAUAAGCAUCCUGGACUUGAUUGUUUUUAGAUUAUAUGGAUCUGUUGAUUUCAGUUUUUGAUAAACAUAAUGUUUGUAGAUACAUUUUGUGUAUUUAUGUCAAUUAAAAAAAAUAGAUAAUAGAGAAAUGUUAUCACCACUAACAUUACAGUUAAGGGGCCUCAUCUCACAGUGUAAGUGUGCAAUGAAUUCCUCAAACUGGAUGAUUUAUAUAUUUGGCUGCCAUAAUCAAAUAAUACUUCACUCGUUACUAUGUUACAGUACACUCCACUAUCAUUGUACUGUCCUAGGGAUGAAGUCUAAUGUAGCAAAAUAAGUUCACACUGUACUUCCUAUUCAGAUUUUUUUAAAUCAAGUUUUAAUCAAAAUUUAUUUCAGACACAUUUUAGUAUUAAUUUUUUUCUUAAGCAUUUCUGCAUGUUUAACAAUCCUGUGUAAAUAUAACCAUAUCAGGUAUCAAUUAACUGAACGUGUAUUUGCAAUAACUACAAUGAAGUAUAGAAAUGUAUU